AUGGAUCUCCCACGAAGAUGUUCCUUCAGCCAACCUGCCCUCUUCCUCUUCCUCUUCUUUUUCGGUCUCCUGUCCCUCUCUUCAUUCUUGCACCUGUAUGACAAGAUGCCAUAUCAGCGGUGGAAGAGCAGCAUCAAGAAUGCAUCCAAUUUCUCAGGGAAGGGACAUCCUGCCUCUCUCAUCAUCACCACCACCACUUCGUCCAGGUCAUCUUCUAAGAUCAUAGAUAGCGGCAUAUGGACAGUGAACUCUGCUGGCCGUUUUGGGAACCAGAUAGGGGAAUAUGCCACCCUCUAUGCCUUAGCCAAGAUGAAUGGACAUCAGGCAUAUAUUCAUCCCACCAUGCACCAGUACCUGUCACCAAUGUUCCGAAUCACUUUACCAGUGAUCCAUGCUGAAGUGGAGAAAAAGAUCCACUGGAAGAAAUUCCCUCUGCAUAAUUGGAUGUCAGAGGAUUAUAAACACAUCAAAGGCAAGUACAUCCGGCUGACGGGCUACCCAUUUUCUUACACCUUUUAUCACCAUAUACGCCAAGAGAUACUUCAGCAGUUCUCCUUCCAUGACCACAUCAAGGAAGAAGCCAAUCAAUAUCUUCAGGAGCUACGGGGGCAGCGCCAGGAGGUGACAUAUGUUGGAGUGCAUGUCCGCAGAGGGGAUUAUGUCUAUGUGAUGCCCAGCUGGAAAGGUGUGGUGGCUGACAGAGGAUAUUUGGAGAAAGCCAUGAACUAUUUUAGAAAGAAGUACCGCAAUCCCAUCUUUGUGGUGACCAGCAAUGGGAUGGAGUGGUGUAAGAAAAACAUUAAUGCCUCCAGAGGGGAUGUUUAUUUUUCUGGGGAUGGGCGGGAGUCCUCUCCAGGGAGGGAUUUUGCUCUCCUUGCUCAUUGCAACCACACAAUAAUGACGAUAGGCACUUUUGGACUCUGGGCCAGCUACCUGGCUGGCGGGGAGACCGUCUACUUGGCCAACUACACCCUCCCAGACUCUCCCGUCCGCAAGCGCUUCAAGCCCUCAGCAGUGUUUUUGCCCGAAUGGAUUGGAAUCCCAGCAGACCUCUCCCCUCUGCUGUCCAAGAAUCCUUCUCAAGUCCAGAAGCGAGAAGCUUGA